CAGUAUUUGGGACUGUCAGAUUCAAAGGGAUUCCUGCUAUUACUGGAAAAAACUCCUGCAAAUUAAAGGGUGCUUCACCAAUAUGAUUUGCAGUAGUGCCUACACACCUAAAGCAGGCUAUAUAUGGCUUGUGGGGGAUUUUCAUAAGGUUCCCUGGAGUAACCUGGUAUGGAACAAAUUCUCCAUCCCAAAACACAAAUUCAUUAUCUGGUUAAUGUAUAGGGACAGAUUGCAAACGAAGAAAAGAAUAAGCAGAUUCCUCCCUGUUGAUCCUCAAUGCCAUCUUUGCAACCAGGAGGAAGAAGAUAGUCAUCAUCUCUUCUGUAGAUGUUCUUUUACCAAAGAGACUUAUCAACUGAUCUCUACAUGGGCUCAAUUUGACUUCCAGGCCAAGUCCAUUGAAGAGGUUACCCAACGAAUUACCAACAUCUCCCCAGCUAAAAGAAGAUUGAAGAUAGCUGCCAUCUUUGCAGCUUGUGUAUACAACAUUUGGAAAGCUAGAAAUGAAGUUCUUCACAAGAACCUCCCUACUACACCUGGAGCAGUCAGCCAAAGAAUUCACACUCAUAUGACCAUCUUUCUCAACUCUAAAGGAAUCAUUAUGGAAUAGCCCUAUAUUUUAUAACCUAACUAGUUUAUAAUUAUUAGUAGGGUUGUGUUUUGUUUCUAAACAUGAUGAUGUACGUAUAUUUUCCUUGAGGAGUGAAAUAUAUCUUGCUUUCGGUUCAAAAAAGUUUUUAAUUGCGUAUAGCAACUUGAAAAAAUUUAGGAUCAAUCUUUUUGUUAGUUCAAUUCAAGAGCUUAUAUAUCGAUUAUUUUACUCUUGAACUUUCGAAGUAGGAGAUGACACUCUAACACAACUUGUACUUUUAUAUCUAUUUCAAUGCAAAAAUCAAAUUGUUUUAAAACAAAUAAGAUUUUGCAAG